AUGGCGACGGACAUUGGGUCGCCUCAGCGGUUCUUCCACAUGCCGCGCUUCCAGCACCAGGCCCCGCGGCAGGUGUUCUACAAGCGGCCGGACUUCGCCCAGCAGCAGGCCAUGCAGCAGCUCACGUUCGACGGGAAACGCAUGCGAAAGGCCGUGAACCGCAAAACCAUCGACUACAACCCGUCCGUCAUCAGACACCUGGAGAAUCGUUUGUGGCAGCGAGACCAUCGAGACUUCAGAGCCCUGCAGCCGGACGCGGGGUGUUACAACGAGCUGGUUCCUCCUGUUGGAAUGUGUAACAACCCGAUGAACGCCGUCACCACCAAGUUUGUCCGAACCUCCACCAACAAAGUCAAGUGUCCCGUGUUUGUGAUCCGGUGGACCCCUGAAGGUCGUCGUCUCGUCACUGGCGCCUCCAGUGGAGAGUUCACUCUGUGGAAUGGACUCACCUUCAACUUCGAGACCAUUUUACAGGCCCACGACAGUCCGGUUCGGGCCAUGACCUGGUCUCAUAACGACAUGUGGAUGCUGACGGCGGACCACGGCGGCUACGUGAAGUACUGGCAGUCCAACAUGAACAACGUCAAGAUGUUCCAGGCUCACAAGGAGGCCAUUAGAGAAGCCAGUUUUUCUCCAACAGAUAAUAAAUUUGCCACCUGCUCAGACGACGGCACCGUUCGGAUCUGGGACUUUAUGCGCUGCCACGAGGAGAGGAUCCUCCGAGGUCACGGAGCUGAUGUGAAGUGUGUGGAUUGGCAUCCCACCAAAGGCCUGGUGGUCUCUGGUAGCAAAGACAGCCAACAGCCAAUCAAAUUCUGGGACCCAAAGACGGGACAGAGUCUGGCCACGCUCCACGCCCACAAGAACACGGUGAUGGAGGUUAAGUGGAACCUCAAUGGCAACUGGCUGCUGACGGCGUCACGCGACCACCUGUGUAAGCUGUUUGACAUCAGAAACCUGAAGGAGGAGCUGCAGGUGUUCCGAGGACACAAGAAGGAGGCGACGGCGGUGGCCUGGCAUCCCGUCCAUGAAGGUCUGUUUGCCAGCGGAGGCUCUGACGGCUCGCUGCUCUUCUGGCACACCGGGGUGGAGAAGGAAGUUGGAGGAAUGGAGAUGGCGCAUGAAGAGAUGAUCUGGAGUCUGGCCUGGCACCCGCUGGGUCACAUCCUCUGCUCAGGCUCCAACGACCACACCAGUAAGUUCUGGACGAGGAACCGGCCCGGUGAUAAGAUGAGGGACCGGUACAACUUGAACCUGCUGCCCGGCAUGUCAGAGGACGGCAUGGAGUACGAUGACGUGGACCUGAACAGCGUGGCCUCCAUCCCCGGCAUGGGGAUUCCCGAGCAGCUGAAAGCCGCCAUGGAGCAGGAGCAGAGCAGUAAAGAGGCGGCCCCCGAAGUGGAGAUGUCCAUCCCUGGUCUUGACUGGGGCAUGGACGAGGUCAUGGGUAAAGACGCCAAGAAGGUCCCGCAGAAGAAAGUCCCGUACGCCAAACCGAUCCCGGCGCAGUUCCAACAGGCCUGGGCAGAGAACAAGGUUCCCAUGAUGCCGCCCGGCGGAGAGCUGUCCAAAGACCGGAAGGUGGAGCAGAAAGCGGACGGCAAAAAGAAGAGUCAGGCGGAGGUGGAGCAGGAGAUGGCGUCUCUGCAGUACACGAACCCCAUGAUGCUGGAGCAGAUGAAGAUGGACCGGAUGAGCACAGAUGGAAAUAUGGGGCCCCCGCAGGGACAAGGCCCAAUGCCCCCCUUCCCUGGGGGGCCCGGGGGCCCGAUGCCUCCCGGCCAGCAGGGCUUUCCACCAAACAUGCCGCCUCAGCAGAUGCCCAACAACAUGGGGCCCCCAAUGGGCCCCGGAGGCAUGCAGCCUCCUUUCAUGCCCCCUGGACAGAUGGGGCCACCUUCUGGACCUCAGUCUCACCAGGGGCCCAUGAUGGGACCCCCAGACAUGCAAGGGCCCCAAGGUAUGCAGAGACACCCAGGUCCGCCGAGAAAUAUGGGCCCCCAAGGGCCUCACGGUAUGGGACCCAGAGGGAUGCAGGGGCCCCAUGGUGGCAUGAUGGGCCCCCCUCCUCGAGGGAUGGGUCCUCAGGGUCCCCCACCUCAGGGGGGCAUGAUGCAGCCUCAGGGGAACAUGAUGGGCCCGCAGGGUGGGAUGAUGGGGCCCCCACCCAGGACACACGGCAACGGGCCAAACAACUAUGGGAUGGGCAACAUGCAGGGGCCACCGGGAGGUUUGCAUGGGCCCCCAGGAAAUAUGCAAGUACCGCAUGGAAACAUGCAGGGGCCACAAGGUAACAUGCAAGGACCGCAUGGAAGCAUGCAGGGGCCCCCGUACAUGCAGCACCAGAACUCGGGGCCCAUGAUGCACGGCAUGGGGCAGCAGGGGCCCAACAGCAAAGACCCUCGGGGGCCGCCGCCCAACCACCACAUGGGCCCUUCAGACCGGCAGGGACCGGCGGGAUCGGACCAGGGGGGCUCCAGUGCUUACUGGGGGGAAAACCAGCAGGGUCGUCGUGGCCCGCAAGACUUUGACGGCGGCCAGGACUUCCACAGCAGAGGAGAGGAGGGCUGGAGACCUGGACCGGGAUACCAGGGUGGAGGGGGCCACAGGGGGGGAGGACACCGAGGAGGGGGGGGCAACGUAGGGAGCUGGGGCCCCGAGGAGCGGUUCACCGGGGGAGAGUUCAGAGGACGGAGGGACGAUAGGUUCCGAGGAGGCGGCCCCGGUCGGCCCGCAGCCCGAGGCUACCAGGAGGAGUACGGGGGCCAGGAGGAGGGCUUCGAGGGCCCAGAGGAGUUGGGUAGAGGCUGGGACAACGGAGGCCGAGGGAGGCCACCCAGAGGAGGUGGUCCACCCAGAGGAGGUCAUGAAGGCUAUCGGGAUGGCCAGCAGAUGCAUGAUGGGUCGUCUCCGGCUGGCCGUGAGCGUUCUGCCUCCCUCCAGGGGAUGGACAUGGCGUCUCUGCCCCCCAGGAAGCGUCCCUGGCAGGACGGACCAGGAACUGGAGAUCCACGGGAACGAGAGUCCCCGGGAGUCGAGGGAGGGCGCCCCCCCCUGAGGGAGGACGGGGGCUACGGCCCGUCUGGUCGAGGUGGGCGAGGUGGAUGGGGACCCGGAGGACCUGGACCAGUGCCUAGGAGGGGAGGACCAGCACCCAGAGGACCACCAAGGGGGGGCGGCCGGGGCCGGUAGUCCUGAAGGGCCGAAAAAACCUUUGGUCAUGUGACACAUUCAGCUCUCGCGGGACGCUGGCUUCUGAUUGGUCCGUGCCAGCAGGGAAGACAGAAUUUUAAUGUAAAAUAUUGUAGAGAAUCAUCAGCCGUCUUUUAUUUCAGUGUCACUUUGUGUUGUUGCUUUUUUGUAAAAGAUUUCUAUGUUUUGUGUUUUCACUGAGGUGGACAAUAAAGAUUCCCAUGUUGUA